UAAUCUUUACUUUAAUGAUUUUUUAAGAAAGAGGUUUGGCCACGUGGCAGUCCACCUCGGCAACGUUUGAUGCAACUGCAGAGGAUCUAAUUUUCUCGGACUUGAAUUGAAAGUUUGCAUCACUGUUGACAGAUCUACCUAGGUAUAUUUCAGGACGAUCUCCAUUGAAAGUGAAAACUGAGAAAAAGAUCAGAGGCCAGUUAGGAAUCGUUGAAACUCCGUUGAACGGCGGCUUCUGUGCGUCGCGUGGUUGUAUUUGCGUCAGCUGCAUGUGAUUCCGCUUGAAGAAUGUCAGUUUCUCAAUCUUCAGCAGCAUCGUCGUCGACAUCAUCAUCAUCAAAACGAGAAUCUGAGGAAGAUAAGAAGAAUUCUCAGCCGUUGAUUCCGGGAUUACCAGAGGAGAUCGCGGAGUUAUGUCUUACUUAUCUUCCGUAUCCGCACAUAGCAUUCGUACGUUCGGUUUCAGCUUCAUGGAACAGAGUUAUAAUAUCCCCUGCUUUCAGUCUCUACAGGAAAUCUCUUUCGCUUUGUUUGCCUUAUCUUUUCGUUUUUGCUGUUCAUAAAUCAACGGCCAUGAUCCAAUGGCAGGCGAUGGACCUGCGAUCUGGCCGUUGGUUUGUUUUACCGCCUAUGCCAUGUCCCAAGGCCGUUUGCCCACCGAGCUUUGCAUGUUCAUCGAUUCCACGUCAAGGGAAAAUUUUUGUUGUGGGCGGUAUGCGGUCGGACACAGAGACUCCCAUGCGCUCCAUUAUCAUCUACCGUACAUUAGCAAAUAAAUGGUCACUGGCGUCUCCAAUGCCCACAGCAAGAUCAUUCUGUGCUUCCGGGAAUAUUAACGGUAAGAUCGUGGCCGUUGGAGGAAGUGGGUCCAACGUUGGUGAAUCAAUCACAGCCGUGGAAUGCUAUGACCCAGAGAAUGACACGUGGAUGGAGCUUUCUAAUUUACCUUUGGGGUUAGCUAGAUACGACUCCGCUGUGGUAGGCCACAAGAUGUAUGUGACGGAAGGUUGGACAUGGCCUUUCUUAUUCUCACCAAGAGGUGCGGUCUACGACUCCCAGCGGGACACGUGGCAGAUGAUGAGUGAUGGGAUGAAAGAAGGGUGGACAGGGAUCAGCGUUGUUUUGGAUGGCAGACUGUUUGUGAUAUCAGAACACGGUGACUGUCCCAUGAAACUGUAUAUCCCUGAAUCCGACACGUGGCAGUACGUGGGCGGUGAUAAGUUACCACGCGGACUAAUGCAACGGCCGUUCGCGGUGAGUGGGGCGGAAGGGAGAAUAUUUGUGGUGUCAUGUGGACUCAACGUGGCAAUAGGAAGAAUUUACGAUGAAGCAGAUGGGAAAUGUUGCGCAGAAUGGGAAGUCGUUUGUGCCCCAGAAGCAUUCAAAGAAUUUGCUCCUUCUAAUUGCCAAGUGGUUUAUGCGUAGUAUUCAAUCGGAUAUUGGGUGAUUUGAUUGUCUCAUCCUAAAAAGAUACAUUAUUUGAAAAUCUAAUUAGAAAUUCAAGUCUAAAUACAAAUUUUAGGGUGGCUUUUGUUUCUAUUAGGCGAGAUUUUGUUUUAUAAUGUGUGGUGUUGUCUUGUUUCUUCUGAAUCUGUAAGCUACAGCUGGAGUCUGUCAAUAUGCUGCAGUUUGGAUGACUAUCAUAUUAUAUAUCUUCCUGUAAUGUAAUGCAAUGUAAUUUUAUUGCUUUGCUAUCAAAACUAUGGGUUCUGAUUAAAGAUUUGUAUUCUGGGACAUAAUAUAUGGUUGCAGAUAUAUGAUAAUAAAAAAGUAGUAGUGGUAAUGUAA